AUGUCCAAUAUUCUGGUCUUCGGCGCAGGUGGUGUCGGCUGUGUCUAUGCCGUGAUCCUGGAAAAGGGAGGCGCCAAUGUAACCGCGGUCUGUCGAACAAAUUAUGCUGCGGUCAAGGAGAACGGCAUAUUGAUGCGGUCGGCGAAAUGGGGCCACGUACGAUCAAAGCCCAACGUGGUAGCAACAUGCCACGAAGCUGCUCAAAAUUUUGGACCUUUCGACUACAUCUUAGUGGCCUCGAAAGCUUUCUCAGGCACAGCAGAGCUUAUUGCCGAUGCGGUCACGCCAGGGAAGACGGCAAUUGUGCUGGCUCAGAAUGGGAUUCUGAUCGAAGAGGACUACGCCACCAAGUUUCCCAACAACGUGAUCAUUUCUGGUGUCGUCUAUCUACCCACGACCCAAGUUGAGCCGGGAGUCGUCGAGCAUGGAACUCUACUCGAGCAGUUCGAAAUUGGAACUUUUCCGGCCAAAGCAUCUGCGGAAGCCAAGGCUCAGACGCAACGCUUUUCGGACAUGUUCACUGCCUUUGGUGCCAAAGCUCCGGUCCAUGAUGAUGUCCAGGCACGGCGCUGGAUCAAGCUUUGCGUCAACGCUUCCUUGAAUCCCAUGACUGCGCUCAGCAUGUGCGAUGAUGGCAACCUUCUGCGUUCUUCAUCAUAUGCUAUUUCUAUGGUGAGAGAGGUCAUGAGGGAAGUCGGCAGGCUUGCUGCCGCUGCGGGUUAUCCUGAUGCUGUCACGGAAGACGAAAUCGAGUAUCAGCUUUCCCGCCAUAUUGGACGUAUAGAGACGGGAGGCAAGGAGCCGAGCAUGUUGACUGAUAUCAAGUGUGGAAGGCACAUCGAGGUCGAGGCGAUCUUGGGGAAUGCUGUCAGAAAGGCAGGUGAGUUGGGAGUAGCAGUGCCGUAUCUGACGAUACUCUACGUGCUUGCUAAGGGAAGAGAUUUCUCGAAUUUGAGGAAUGGGGAUUGGAAGCCGAUCGUCGCGAUAAGUUGA